UGAGCCCAGAGCCCGUCUGCAAUUGAACCGAACCAUUGAACCGAACCAUUGAACCGAACCAAUGAACCGACGGUGGGGUGCCUCUCAGAGCACGACAAUCUGACUGUCUGUCAUGAUCCAAGAAGAGGCCAAGGCACGGAUAUUAAACCUGUUAAGAAGAUGACUUCUAGGGAAAACGAAGGCGCUCCGGAACUGCUGCUUGACCACAUUUUGGAACGACUCCGCUCUCGUUUAGAGCAUAUUCUUGGACAAUUGCCUCUGGAUUUGGACUACUUGGAGUUCAUGAGCACACAAGAAUUUGGGUUUUUAAAUGCCAUAUCCAGUCAUGUAGCAGUUUCACAGCCUAUUUUAGAUGCCUUGACAGAGCUACGUAGCCUUGUUAAUGUAGAAAAAGAAAAAAUUAAGCAACACUAUAAAACUGUGCAAUUUGAGCAAGGACCAGUUGGAGGACCAAGAAUGGUCCUCUCUUUGGAGUACAUUUCCAGCCUUUUGGACAUUAAUCUGUCCAUCCCAUGCAUAGCUGCGCUUUUGGGGGUGUCGAGACGAACAGUCCAUCGACGAAUGUCUGAGUCUAAUCUCACAGUUAGGGCACUGUACAGCACUCUGACAGAUGAAGAAUUGGACCAGUGUGUGAUGGACAUAAAAUCCAGGCAGCCUCAUUCUGGAUAUCGAAUGGUGAAAGGACUUCUUCAAGCUCAAGGACUGCGGGUGCAAUAUGAACGGGUCAGAGCUUCCAUGCACCGUGUUGACACCAUCGGAGUCGUAUCCCGAAUUACCAAUUUAGGUUGCAUUGUUCGAAGAACCUAUUCCGUUCCUAGCCCCCAGUCCUUGAUGCACAUUGAUACAAAUCAUAAACUAAUCCGCUACAACAUUGUCAUCUUUGGUGGCAUAGAUGGCUUUUCACGGAAGAUUAUGUAUCUUGGUGCAGCUUCCAACAACCUUGCCGCAACAUCCCUGGCAUUCUUCCAAGAAUCUGUGGAGAAGUUUGGUUUCCCUCUUAGAGUACGGGCUGAUCAGGGCGUGGAAAAUGUAGACAUUGCACGCCUCAUGUUUACAGUCCGUGGCACUGGAAGGGGUAGCUUUACAUCCGGCAAGAGUGUUCACAAUCAACGAUUCCCUGGACACUUUCCGCAGUGGCUGGGACAAUCAUCCGAUAAGAACAGAAGGCCAUAUGACCCCAAAUCAGCUGUGGGAGCUGGGCCGAAUCCAUCACCCAAUUCAAGGCCCCGAAAAUAUGGAGGGUAUGGAUAUUCCUCACAUUGAGUGGGAAAACAGUGGACUUACUGCUGAUGGCUACUCCGGUGUCAUCGUCCCAGACACAGAAAGCCCACUGACUGAAGGACAAAUGGCAGCUUUAAGAGAGGUUGUUGACCCAAGAGCUGCAUCCCAGUCCUUUGGCUGUGAUAUCUAUGUUGCUGCUGUUCAAUUUUGUGAGCAUCUGAAAGAAAGCCAACACACAUGCCCCCCUUGUUUCUGUUCUGUUUGAAACUCUCUCCCUUUUUUCAUAAGGUGUCAGAUCAGGGCAAGCUAACUCCCGACAUUUACAAGACAUAAAUACAUUUUAGGCAUUUCUUGUAAUUUAAUUGGAUAAAAGAAUCUUCAAAUGUAAGUAUUGUUCUACCAUGAGUUUUCAGGAAGACUUAAAGGUUUCAUAUUGUAACUGUUUUUAUUUAUUUACGGUUUUAUGUUAUAAACUAUUAAAACAAAUAUUCAAAGUA